CCUGCCCUCACCCCACCACACCGCCCACACACUCUCUUCCUCCUCUAGUUUCUAAACACUCAAAAGCCUAGCCUCUCUCCUCUUGCUCUAUUUCUUUGAGAUUCGAGAUCAUGGCGAGCAAGACCCUCGGCCAGAUUCUCCGGAGGGAGAGGAGCAAGGUUGACCAGAGCAUGUUGAACAGCCUGCUUGCCAUCUUCGACGACGAGAAGUUCAUGAAGGAGAUGGUGGACACUCACGCUCCCGACGAAGGAGACGUUGACGUCCAGUCUCUCUUCCUUCUCGUCGACAACGCCCUCCGUGGAACUGCCACAAUCGCCGACUCCGUCAUCAACCCUAAGGGCACUCAAGGAUCUGGAAAACCUAGUUUCAAGCCUCUAAAAGAGGGCUUCAAUCCACCUUUAGAUGCCAUCAACGAAGUGGGUUGUCAGCUCACAUGCAAGGCAUUAGACACCAAAAAUGUGCGCCAAACACUGGUCUCACUCUUUCACGAGCUAUCGAGCUACUCGUGGGUUAAUAAGGCUCUGAUUACCCUCUCAUCACUUGCUGUGUUCUAUGGUGACUUUUGGCGACUUGCUCGAGUUGAACCAUCGGACAAGCUCGCAGAAUCUAUGGCCAUACUGAAGGGGUUGCCUGCAAUCACCAAGCCCACAGACCCGCAAAAGAUCCAAGUUUUUGGUGUUCUCAACGAAAUGAUCAAGACCACCCUAAAUAUGACCCAAUGCCUUGUGGAUUUUGAGCAUGACUCUAAAGAUGUUCCCGAGCUGUCUACAAUGAUUGAUGUUGCAAGCAGUGUUUAUCAGAUCAUCAUCAGCAUCCUUGCUUGCUCUAUUCAAUUCACCAGCCUCCUUAGCACGGUCGAUGACAACAAGGGAAAAGAUCUGCCUACCUUCGCUCGGAAAGUGAACAUGAUCCACCACUCUAUCAAGAGACAUUACGAAGAUUUUUACAAAAAAAGGAGGAAAUUAAGGAGUAUCAGAGGCUGCAGCGACUCUUCAAUGCCCCUACCGAUAACGUGGAGCUGAUCAAGGCCUUGUUUUACAUCAAGGAUGAUCCUCAGCCUCUCUUCCUUGGCUCAAAGAAGACCAAGGAUAAGGUCGAGUCGCUCCGGAGGAAGAAUGUGUUGUUGCUGAUUUCGGACCUCAAAUUGACCUCUCACGACCUCUCGAUCCUUGCAAAGAUCUACAACGAGCGCAAGUUCCAUGAGGAGCGCUACGAGAUUGUGUGGGUCCCUAUCAUCGAACAAGAUGGCGAGGAGGUGAUCAAACAGUUCCAGAACCUCCAGUUGCAA